UGUGGCGUUAUCAAUAUUAGGAAAUCAUAGCAAUGUACUAAUUGCAAAUUCAAUGUAGUUAAAAAUUAAUUAAUUACCUUAAAUUAAGCAGAUUAAAAAUAGAAAAAGUAUCAAUUGUCAAUGCGAGCAUGGCAUUGAUAAUUAUUGUAUCGUUACGAUUUGCAACUGUUCUAUUAAGUCGAAUAUGCCUACCUAAGAGUGACGCUGGAAUUAGCAAAUAGUAAAUAAACCACAAUGGAUGUUGAAAAUGAAAAGCUGGACAAUCCAUGUCCUAAGCUUACCGCCAAUUUCGUAAGCAAACUAUCAUUUUGGUGGCUACGUAAAUUAUUUUGGCUCGGAAAAAAUCAUAAUCUGAAACCAAAUGAUCUUUAUGAUAUUCUACCAGAAAAUAUGAGCGAAAUACUUGGGGAUGCAUUGGAAAUAUCAUGGGAGAAAGAACUGAUGAAUGCACAAAAAAAGAACAAAGUGCCAAGCUUAUGGAGGGCUAUUGUAAGGAUAUUUGGAUGGGCAUUCGUUAAAUAUGGAUUCAGCGCAUUCAUUUUGAAUAUUGUUAAAAUUAUACAACCGAUGCUCCUAGGCCUAUUAAUUUAUUAUUUCGAUCCACUCUCGACAACUAGUAUUAAUGAAGCAUACAUGUACGCCACGGGCCUUAUACUUGUGACGAUGUUGCAGACGAUAAUAGUACGUCAGGCACAUUUGGGACUCCAGGAGAUUGGUAUGCGCGUAAAGAUCGCAUGCUCAUCUCUUAUUUAUAGAAAAAUCCUUAAGCUGUCGAGUGCAUCUGCCAGUCAAGCUGGUGGGGGACUGAUAAUCAACUUGUUAUCCAACGAUCUCGCCAAGUUCGAAUUGUUUUUUCUACAUUUACAUUACAUUUGGAUAAUGCCUUUUAUUAUCACUCUAAUAACAUACUUGAUUUGGUUACAAUUGGGAGCUGCAUCUUUCGUGGGAAUUUUAUUAAUGACAUUACAGAUAAUCCCAACUCAAGUUUUCUGGUAUAACAUAACAACGAAAUUACUAUCGAAGGGAGCAACAAGGACUGACAAAAGAAUAUUAUUGGUUGAAGAAGUAAUUAAUGGUAUACGGGUGAUAAAAAUGAAUACUUGGGAAAAGUACUUUGAGCAUAUGCUAUACAUUGCCAGAAGAUACGAAAUGGAUGCGAUUCUGAAACGAUGCUACGUGAGAAGCGCGAGAGUAGCUUGCGCUCUUUUUACACACCGGGUGGCACUAUUUUUUACAAUUUUAGUAUAUGUACUGCAGAGCAAGAUCUUAGUGGCCGACAAAAUCUUUUCCACGGUGCAUUAUUUCAUAUUAGUGAGAAUGAUAAUGGCUCAAUUCUUCCCGGAAGCAGUCUCACUUACAGCCGAAGUUAACGUAUCUAUAAAGCGAAUCGAGAAAUUUCUACUUCUAGAAGAGACCAAAUCUAUUGCCAAAGAAAUUACUUUAAAUAAACAUAAUAAGAUGAACGAUACGAAUGUAAAGGAGGGAAGUGUUUCCAUUAAAGAAGUUAAUACUUCGUGGGGAGAAAAUUCAAAUCUCAAUAAUUUGCGUCACAUUAAUCUUUGUAUUUAUCCAAGAAAGUUGUACGCUGUCGUAGGGCCUGUAGGUUCUGGAAAGAGUUCAUUGUUAAAAUUAAUUCUAGGAGAGCUUGGGACAACUAGUGGCGAGGUUACCGUAUACGGGCGCAUCUCGUAUGCGAGUCAGGAGCACUGGCUCUUCUCGGACUCGGUGCGCGAAAACAUCAUUUUCGGCGAGUGCCAGGACGAGGGGAGAUACGCCCGAGUUACCGCGGCUUGCGCUCUUACCAAGGACAUCGAGCAGAUGCCUUACGGUGAUGAGACUCCGGUUGGCGAGAGGGGUGCCAGCCUAAGCGGAGGACAGUGCGCGAGGAUCAACCUGGCAAGGUCAGUUUACAGAGAUGCUGAUAUAUAUUUAUUAGACGAUCCUCUAUCCGCAGUGGACAAUCAUGUUGGUAAAAGUUUAUUCGAGGAUUGUAUCAAUGGAUAUUUGAAGGAUAAAACGAGAAUUCUCGUAACACAUCAAAUACAGUAUUUGAAACAAGCCGAUGCAAUUAUCUUAUUGAAUAACGGACAAGUGGAGUUCCAAGGAGCGUUCCAGAAAUUCUAUGAAAAUAAUCGCUACCGUCAAUUAUUGUCACUGAACGGCGAGUCGGAUAAAUUGAUGCAAGAAAUAAGUUGCAUCAACGACGAUGCCCGAUCGCGUCACAUUUCUGUCUUUACGACCAAAGGGCAAGAGAAAGCGCCAAAAAAAACCGAGGAACUUUUGGCCAAGGGAAGAAUUACGAAAUCAUUGUUCUUUAAAUAUUUCCUAACCGGUACUUCGUAUUUUAAAUUUUCCAUCCUAAUGUCGUUAUUUAUUUUGACCCAACUUAUUGUCAGUGCUUUCGAUUACUGGUUGGCAUUUUGGACCAAUCAAGAGGAAAAGUGCUUAAACUUACCAUUGAAUGGUACAAAUGUCACAUCGACUGGAAUAUGGGACAUUUGUUUAGACAACAAGAUACUCCUCAUCAUAUAUGGAAGCUUAAUUUUGGGCAUUAUUGUUCUUUCAAUUAUUCGAAAUAUUUUAUUUUAUAGAACUCUUUUGAACUCGAGCGAAAAUAUACACAACGCAAUGUUCAGUCGUUUAAUUAGGGCGCCGAUGCAAUUUUUCGAUAUCAAUCCUUCCGGACGAAUAUUGAAUCGCUUUUCAAAGGAUACUGGGACUGUAGACGAGUCACUACCAAAUGCUAUGCUCAUUGCAAUGGACAGAAUUGUUUUUACGAUCGGAGUGGUUAUACAAAUGCUUAUAAUUAAUUGGUGGACAAUUUUUGCGCUGUUAAUUAUGAUAUAUAUAUUUUUAAAAAUCAACAACAUUUAUAUCUCUACUGUGCAGAAUAUUAAGCGACUUGAGGGUAAUGCCAAAAGUCCAGUUUUCUCGCUGGCCAAUUCAUCUUUACUUGGGUUGGUGACGAUACGCUCCUGUCGAGCCGAACAAAUUAUUCGCAAAGAAUUCGACAAUCGACAAAACGAUCACACCGCCGCUCACAGUCUCAUUUUGGCUGCCGCCGCUGCUUUUGGCUUCUGGCUGGAUUUUGUCUCGAUUGGUUUUUUGGCCUUUGUCACCUACAGCUUCAUCUUCCUGAAUAACGAUAACAUCUUUGCUGGACACAUAGGCCUCGUACUUACUCAAGUACUCGCCAUCUGCGGUAUGCUUCAGUUUACAAUGAAGCAAAUUGCGGAGGUGAUGGCUCAGAUGACUAGCAUCGAGCGGAUGUUUCAAUUCACCGAAUUGAAUCAGGAGGGUCCAUUUGAGAUUGAAUCCGAUCGGCUGCCAGAGAAGUCAUGGCCGCAGUAUGGUGAGGUUAAAUUUCAAAAUUUGUAUCUUCGCUACUCGAGUGAAGAUCAACCAGUUUUGAAGAAUCUCGAUUUCACAAUUAACUCGCGGAUGAAGGUCGGUAUAAUUGGACGCACCGGUUCGGGGAAAACAUCAUUGAUAUCAGCGCUAUUCCGAUUAGUGGACACCGAUGGCUCGUUAAUAAUCGAUAACAUUGAUACGAAAAACGUCAGCCUCCUUAAUUUACGCAGUAAAAUCUCAAUAAUCUCUCAGGAGCCGAUGUUAUUUACGGCUUCGCUCAGGGAUAAUCUUGAUCCAUUGCACGAAUUCGACGACGUAUCACUGUGGUCGGCUUUAGAAGAGGUUGAAUUGAAUAAAGUAUUUAAAUCAUUGGAUCAAAAUAUCGAGCGGGGCGGAUGUAAUCUUAGUCUCGGGCAACGGCAACUUCUUUGCUUGGCUCGAGUAAUCAUGAAAAAAAAUAAAAUUGUUGUUCUGGACGAAGCAACGGCUAAUGUCGAUCCCGUGACCGAUGACCUCAUUCAAAAGGCUAUUAGAAAUUCAUUUAAGGACUGCACUGUAUUAAUGAUAGCUCAUCGAUUAAAUACUAUAAUGGAUAGUGAUAAAAUCCUCGUAAUGCAGGAUGGCGUGGCCAUUGAAUUCGACGAGCCUUAUGUAUUAUUACAGCGGAACAAUGGCUAUUUCAAGAGGAUGGUACAUCAAUCUGGUAACAACAUAGCCUCGCAGCAUUUUAAUAAACUUUCAAAACAGAUUAUGAUAAAUAGUGAUUCGACCAUUCCAUUUUAUAACGAAGAUACCGAGAGUUCCAAAUUAUAG